UGAAUUAGAAUAGAAACGAAAACUUCCUGUUGUUAUAAAACCAAAAAAUCUCAAAAUGAACAUUUCUUACGUUCUAAGAAAUUUUAAUCACCAAUUAUUGAAGUCUUUUAUUUCCAAAAAAACUAAAUUUUCCACUAGAUUGUUUACUACUACCCAAGUUUUUCAUCAGGAAAGGGUAAAAGGGGAAAAUGGUCUAAAUAAAAAAGUAAAGGUUUUGUAUGAUGGACAGUGUCCUAUCUGUGCUGUUGAAAUAAACUUAAUGAAGAAAUUAAACAAGAAGGACAAUGUUGUGAAUUUUGUGGAUAUAACUGUUGGAGAAUACAAACCAGAUGAUCAUUUAGGAAUCACUUAUAGUCAGGCUAUGGGUAAAAUGCAUGUGAUAGUAACUCAUGGAAAUAAUGCACAGACUCAAUCUACACCAGAAGUAACAAAAAUAUAUGAUAGUAUGGAAGGAAUGAAAGUUAUGUAUAAUGCAGUUGGACUUACCUGGUUAUCUAAACUGUUAUCAUACCCUGGGAUCAAAGAGACUUCAGAUAAAUUCUAUAAGUGGUUUGCAGUCAACAGAUACAGAAUGACUGGAAGAGACAAAGAAGAAUGUGAAUCAGAAAGAUGUAAUAUCUCUGACAAAAAGAAGUGAAUGUAACAACAUCAACAUUUGAGUGUAGUGUAUGUUGUCAACCAUAAGCAUAUAAAUUUCAUAUGUUUCUGCUCACCCACCAUCCUUAAAUGACAAGGUCACAUCAGUAUUUACAUGUUUAAGCAAAAAGAGCAAGUAAGUUUGGUGAUAUCCAUGGUAACAGACAGAAAUAUUGAUAAGUGACACUUUUGAAAUUAAAGUCUAUUUCAGGAUGCAAACGAAAAAAACAAUCCAUGCAUUACUACAUUUAGUCAACUGAGACGGUCACAGAUUGGGAAGUCAUGAUAGACAAGAGUGAAUUUUGAAUAGUGAAUAGUGUGGUACAUGUACCUAUUGUUUAUGUAAAUAUGUUGUUCUAUACUUGUAUGUCAGGGGGGUGGGUGUAUACAUUUGCUGAUAUAUACAUACUUGAAAAUAAAUAUUACGUUGGACUGGGACAAAUCAAAGCUGGAUACAAUAAUGUCAUAUCCUGGUAAAUUUUCACCAUGUAAAAUACAAUCAUUCUUCAGAAUUUUAUUUUCCUACUAUAAUAAGUACAGCUUGUUUGAAAACAAAAUAAGAAAAAAAUAGGUCUCAGAAGAGUUAAAAAAAGAUAUUUCAAUUUUAAUGCAAAAAAAAAAAUGUAUUUUGGACCAAAGGGAGAUAAUUUUGGGCUAUUUCAAUAAUAUAAACAUUUUAAAAGUCAUCUGGGGCAAAAAACAAAUUGAUUUUUUGGUUGAUUUUUCUUACCAUAUCAUAUAGUAACAACUUAUAGCAAUGUUAUAGAUAAAAUUUGUAAUGAAAAAAAAUGUUUAACAUUUUGCUGAAAUUUUUGUAACCUUGAGUCAAUCGUAAGUAGACUUUGCAGAGAUAUGAAGAAAAGGAGAUGUGGGUUAUAUUUGUGUCAAUGAGAC